AUGAAGAACGUUAUGAUGUUGAUGUUACUUUCUUUGACCGCUUUUGGUGCAGAUUAUUCAGGAUGUGGAUGUUGUCAUGUGAAUGGAAAGUGCGAUUCAUUCUCAGGAACGUGGAGUACUUUAUACCAAUGUUUGUCGCGUGUCGAGAACACAAAAUAUCCUUCUGACCCCAAUUGGUUCCAUGUCCCACGUCAACCAAAUAUGACCUACCAACAAUGUACUGUCCCAACAGGUUGGAGUGGAUCUCAACCACAACUUGUUGUCGAAGAUCCAUGUGACUGUUUUGAAACAAUGUCAGACUCGGUCACAAACACCUACGACUGUUCGAAUGACACUGAUUUGAUGGAGGCGUUGGACGAGGUCUGCAACAACUUGAAGUGCAAGUUUUGCAAUUUUGUCGACCCGAAGUGUGGAGCUAUCCAACAAAGAAGAUGCGAUAUGGUCUACCAACAGGAAAUUGCACUCCACAAGACACCUUCUUCAGCUGAUAUCUGCAGAGCUCUUUCGAAAAAGACCGACUGCUACGAUAAAAAUAACUGCACAUACUCAGACAUCGCUCCAAUGCAACAAACUAUUAAACAGUGCAGAAACUCGACUUGCCCCUCAUGUUAUCAGAUUUGCAAAAAUGGCGCUGAGACUCUUUUAGUAUCUCUUGCUCUCGCGGUAUUAGUCCUUGUCUUCUAA